AUGGAAAUGGAUUUGGAAGAAUCUAAAUCCAAACAAUUGAAUAUUGUCUUGCCAAGUUAUUGGAAGAGAAAUACAUUUACAUCCUAUUCUAAAAGAUAUUACAUUGUGGAUGUUACAAAAUAUUUGAAGAAUACUAUUCAAGGUGUAAUUGAUAUUUCUUGUAAUUCAACAACUCUUGGAAGUGGAAGAGAUCAACAAGUGAGAAUGAACUAUUCCAAAAUGGUUGUUUCAAGUGUUUCAAGAAUUGAAAAUGCAUCACUUUUCACUUCAUAUAAAUCAAGAAUGAAUCAUUUGACAUCUUAUCAAGAUCCCCUGAACUCAAUCCAAGUUCAAACAGAACAAUUAGCAAAAACAAGUAAAUCCUUUGAGUGGAUGAAAACAGUUGGAUUGAAUGGUGGAAUGAAUGAAAAAUAUUUAUGGCAUGGAACAAAACCAGAAUUUAUUUCAAGCAUUUCAGAGCAUGGAUUUGAUGAAAGAGUUGCAAGUUUGGGAGGUUUAUUUGGAGCUGGAGUUUAUUUUGCAGAAUAUUGUUCUAAAAGUGAUCAAUAUUGUACUCCAGAUCGAAAUAAUGAAUAUUCUCUAUUCUUAUGCAGAGUUUUAUUGGGAAGACAAAUCUAUUACACACCUAAAAGAAUGACAAAUGAAAGAAGACCUCCAGAAAUUAACGGUACUAACAGAAGAGUCUUUGAUAGUGUAAUUGGAAACUCAAAUGCAUCAAAUAGUGCAUAUAGAGAAUUAAUUGUUUAUGAUAGAUAUCAAUGUUAUCCUGAAUAUAUCAUUAAAUAUAAGAGGCAAUAA